GUUUCCUUCGGGUUUCGGGUUUAGAGCAGUUGGGGUUAAUUUCCGCUUGGUCGCGGCCGUUUAUAUAAAACAGCAUUGAGCUCUUCUGUGCCGGACCGCCGCCGUCAUGUCCAACAACAAUGCCAGCAACAACUUAAUUAUCGCUCAGAGGGCCGUGAAGCAGCUCCGGUUAGAGGCCAGUAUCCGGAGGAUCAAGGUGUCCCAGGCUGCUGCUGAUCUGAGAAACUUCUGCAUGCAAAACGCCUCCAAGGACCCUCUCCUGAUGGGGGUCCCUUCCAGUGAUAAUCCCUUCAGACCCCCCAAGUCCUGCUCCUUGUUCUGAGCAACAUGAAACAUGGAGGAUUUCAGAAUAUGUCUGUCGAAGGCUUUCCUCACUUCUAACUGAUGUCACUGUAGAUCUACCAGCAGCUCCUCUUGGGAUGAUGCACACGAGGCUGAUGGGUUCGGGGGGUAACUGGUCCGCUUGUUUGCCAAAACUAAUGGUCUCAUAACUCCCAUCUGUUACAUUAAAGUAGCGCCACACUCUACACGUUCAAAAAUGGAGCAGAAGAUGUUCUAAGAAAAAAAAUGUAAAUGUUCUAAAAUGUUCUAAGACACAAACUUGACUAAUGAUUAAGCCGUUCUUGUGUGUACUUAACAUGUCCAGCGUUGAUUUGACUGACUUAACAGUGUCUGUUUCCAGUCUGUGAGAUUCUGCUCAUGUUAAUGGCACCUGAAAGACUAACUUCCCCUUCUAUUUUUGGUGGCAGAUGGAAAAACAAUCAAGCAUUAAUUUAAACCAGGUGCUGUUACAGAAUAUUAAUAUUUUAUCUUAUCUAUAUAUAUCUAUAUAUCUAUAUCUAUAUAUCUAUAUCUAUAUCUAUAUCUAUAUAUAUAUAUAUAUAUAUAUAUAUAUAUAUAUAUAUAUAUAUAUAUAUAUAUAUAUAUAUAUAUAUAUAUAUACACACACACACACACACACUCACUCAGUUGGCAGUUUAUUAGGUUCACUUUUCUAAGAUUAAUGCAGUCUCACGAACCAGGCCUGCAGUAAGUCACCCCUCAUCAAGAUUAUAAUGUCCAGUUUUUGUUUCUUCUUAACUCCAAGCAGUCUCUAGGUGUUUUGCCACUUUUUCAGUCACUGUGGGCUCAUUUUUCAAAACAACAUAAUGUCCUGCGCCUCUGGAAACAGCACAACCAUGACUAAAAGGACACAGAACUUAAAGAUAUCUUUUCAAAGUCAAAUUUCUUUGCCUUUUUUAAUUUAAUUUUUUUUUCUUUUUUUACAAAAGUAGAGAAAACCUUGAAUUAACAUGUCUAACAAUUUUCCAAGUGCCCAUAGAAUUUAACCAAUACUGGGGGAAAAAAGCUUUGCACCUGCAGUUCAGCAGGAAAGUCACAGAAUUUUUAUUACGCGACUGUUGGUUGCAGCUCAGUUAGUCAUGGCUUCACAGUUGCGCCAAGGAAGACAAUUUUCAGUUUUUAACAGAAUCUGGUAUGACCAUAUGAUCAUUUUUUUUUUUUUUUUGCAUUUUUUAAAAAAAGAAUAAAGUGAUCUUUAUUAAAUCUGACUUUAAGCUUAGAUUUUACUAAGUUUCCCACCAAAACAGCAUGGCACAGACAGGUAGUUCAAUGAUAGUCGGAAAUCUAAAAGUGCGACAGUUCUUUCCAUUUUCAGUUUCUGGCUGUGGUAAGUGGUGUAAUUUGGGUGAUUUUUAAUUAUUAUCAUUAUUAUUAUUUUAAGCACAAUAUGCCCGUAAAACCUGCCGGCGGGUUUUGGGAUUCAGAGGUUUAACUGUCUUGGUAGGGCAGCACAGUGGUAACAUCAGACUGCAUUAAUUUUAGCUAAGUGUACCUAACACACUGACAUCCAAGCGUAUAUACACUAUGUUUCGUGUUGUGUGCCUUUAUAAAGCACUACAGACAUAAGAGUAUGAUUUUACUGUGCACGUGGCCAACAGACCUACUGUUAGCUUUUCAGCUAAACUGAUUGGUGUCUUAAAUUACUCCUGUAUACUGUGGCAAAGUUUUUAAAGGUGUUACUAUUAAUCUGAUUUACGAUAACAUGGUACAGACUUUUACUCUGCAGUUCAGGGUAUGUGAUUGUAAACUUUUAUCCCGUCCUUUUUCUGUAUAUAUUUAACAGCCAUUUAAGGUGGCUUUUAUUAGCUCAUACAUGUCCCUGUUUUUAAUUUAAGUAAAUAAAAAGGAAAAAACACACAUGAAGGCCUUACACUAUUUGGAUAGUCAUAGCAUAUUCAAUGUAUGUCACUUUAGAUUCACAAAUGCUCAUAUCUCUGUUCAAAUCCUUCAAUGUUGUUUGUAUUAAAUGAAUCAUGCUGCAGUGACUUGUCGCAUUGUUUUCCACACUGGAACCAUGUUCAAAUAAACCAAAACCUUUGUUAUGUUA